GGGCUCCUGUGGGCGCCACUGCUCAGCGUCGAGGGUCUUCGCGGAGUUCUCAGUUCCGGGGGUCCGCGGUGACCGCGUUCCUGUCGGCCUGACCGGUGGGACUGAGGCGGUGCGGCGGCGCGGAGGGGAGCAGCUCGCGGGCACGUCCGGAAUCGGGCGGCUGCGUCACGCGCAGCACUCUGGGACUUGUAGUUUCCGACAUGGAGCGCUCUGUGCCGCUGGCCGUGCCCUUGGGUCAGAUGGAGGUGUUCCAGGCCCUGCAGCGGCUGCACAUGACCGUCUUCUCCCAGAGCACCUCCCCAUGUGGAAAGUUCCUGGCUGCCGGCAACAAUUACGGGCAGAUAGCUGUCUUCAGCCUGUCUGCUGCUCUGAGCUCAGAAGCCAAGGAGGAAAGUAAGAAGCCCGUGGUGACCUUCCAAGCACACGACGGGCCUGUGUACAGCAUGGUCUCCACGGACCGUCAGCUGCUCAGCGCCGGGGACGGGGAGGUGAAGGCCUGGCUCUGGGCUGAGAUCCUCAAGAAGGGCUGCAAGGAGCUGUGGCGGCGUCAGCCCCCAUACAGGACUAGCUUGGAAGUGCCUGAGAUCAACGCCCUGCUGCUGGUCCCCAAGGAGAACUCCCUCAUCCUGGCUGGAGGAGACUGCCAGCUGCACACCAUGGACCUUGAGACGGGGGCCUUCACACGGGCCCUGCGGGGCCACACAGACUACAUCCACUGUCUGGCACUGCGGGAGCGGAGCCCCGAGGUGCUGUCAGGCGGCGAGGACGGGUCUGUGCGGCUUUGGGACCUCCGCACAGCCAAGGAGGUGCAGACAGUUGAGGUCUACAAGCAUGAGGAGUGUGCGAGGCCCCAGAAUGGGCGCUGGAUCGGAUGCCUUGCAACGGAUUCAGACUGGAUGGUCUGUGGAGGAGGCCCAGCCCUUACCCUCUGGCACCUCCGGUCCUCCACACCCACCACCAUCUUUCCCAUACGGGCGCCCCAGAAACAUGUCACCUUCUACCAGGACCUGAUUCUGUCCGCCGGCCAGGGCCGUUGUGUGAACCAGUGGCAGCUCAGCGGGGAGCUCAAGGCCCAGGUGCCCGGCUCUUCCCCAGGACUGCUCAGCCUCAGCCUGAACCAGCAGCCGGCAGCCCCUGAGUGCAAGGUUCUGACUGCAGCUGGCAACAGUUGCCGGGUGGAUGUCUUCACCAACUUGGGCUACCGGGCCUUCUCCCUGUCCUUCUGACCGCCAGAGGCACCUGCAUGCCGCUCCCAGAGGCUAAGAGUUUGUUGUUGUUGUUAUUUUUUUUUUACAAUAAAGUUUCAGAUUUUUUUUCACAAGAAUGUAA